AUGCUCCAGUCGCUCCUCAAGGCCGCCGGCGGCCUGGCGACGCUGUCCGUGGCCGUCUUCGCGAGCCUCGUCGGCGCGCUCUACCACUUCCAGCGCAACCUCAUCUUCCCGCGGCCGGACAACAGCAACCCGCUGCCCAUCCGCAAGGGCCAGCUCGUGACCGUCGACGUGUCGCGCGAGGCGCGGCCGGAGGGCGUGCCCGGCCAGCUCGUCGCGGCGUACUUCCCGCCGACGACGUCGAAGCACGUGCUCGCGUUCUGGCACGGCAACGCGGACCAGAUCGGCAACGUCGGCGACCACCUGGGCCACGUGCUCCAGCGGAACCAGGGCUGGGGCUUCUUCGCCGUCGAGUACCCGGGCUACGCGCUCUGCCGGGGCGGCGAGCCCACGGAGGAGACGAUCGUCUGGGCCGCGGAGCGCAUGCUCAAGCACCUCCACGUCAAGCUCGAGGUGCCCUGGGAGACGACCGUGGCCUUCGGCCAGUCCAUCGGCGGCUCCGUGGCGCUCCAGAUGACGGCCAAGGGCCUCGCGGGCAAGUGCGUGCUCCUGAGCUCGUUCUCGUCCAUCCCGAAGAUGGCCAAGACCCUCUUCCCCUUCGUGCCGUCGCCCGAACUGCUGGUCAAGGACCCCUUCGACAACGCGGCCAUCGCGCCCUCCGUCAAGGCGCCCGUGCUCUGCCUCCACGGCACGCGCGACGAGAUCGUGCCCUACUCCCAGGGCGAGGAGAUCGCGAGUCUGCUGCCGAACUCGAGGUUCGUGCCGCUCCGCGGCGCGGGCCACAACGACACGUUCAACGGCGCGCACUUCCGCGAGGUCAUCAACACGCUCGCCGACUUCCUCAACAAGGUCUGA